CGGAUCGCGGCGGGCGGCUCUCCCCUCUCCGCACCGAGCCGCCGAGCUCGCCCUCUCCCCUCCCCGCGCCUCGCAGCGCCCCCGCCGGGGCCGGACUCCCAGCGCCCCCGGGAAGGCGGCGGCGGCGGCGAAGGGCAGCGGCGGGACCAUGGGGGCGAAGCAGAGCAGCCCGACCGCCGCCAACGGCCGCACCCGGGCGUACUCGGGCGGGGACCUGCCCUCCUCCUCCUCCUCCAGCAGCGGCGGCGGCGCUAACGGCACCGGCGGGCGGGCGGCGGGCGGCGGCGGGCGGUCCGCGCACCUGGCGGCGCCGGCGGCUCCUCACGCCGCUCCCGGCGGCUCGGCAGCGGCAGCGGCGGCCUCGGGGGGAGCCGCGGGGUCGGCGCCCCGCAGCAGGUCCCUGGGAGGCGCCGCCACCGCCGCGGGGGCCCGCGCCGCGCAGUCCGCCUUCAGCAUCCCCCACAGCAGCGGCCCCUACGGCUCGCAGGACUCGGUCAGCAGCACCCCGGAGGAGGGCGGCCGGGAGCGGGCCCCCGGGGGUGGUGGCGGUGGUGGUGGCGGAGGAGGCUCCGGUGGUGGCUCCGGGGGGCCCCGGCUCGUCAUCGGCUCGCUGCCCGCGCACCUCUCGCCGCACCUGUUCGGAGGAUUCAAGUGCCCUGUAUGUUCAAAAUUUGUAUCUUCUGAUGAAAUGGAUUUACACCUUGUGAUGUGUUUGACAAAACCAAGGAUAACCUACAAUGAGGACGUGCUGAGUAAAGAUACUGGGGAGUGUGCAAUAUGCCUGGAAGAGCUGCAGCAAGGAGAUACUAUAGCACGGCUGCCUUGCCUCUGCAUAUAUCAUAAAGGCUGCAUAGAUGAAUGGUUUGAAGUAAAUAGAUCUUGCCCUGAGCAUCCAUCAGAUUAAGAGAAGAUUCAUGUUUUUAGCUGCUUCCACUGAUCAGAAAACAUAGGAGAUCUGCGGUUCCCUUGCUGAACACAGCGUGCCUGGCUUGAGACUUAACUGUUCUUUGUGGCUGAAAAAGGCAAAGAUGGACAGUGACAUGAAAAAAGCAUUGCAGACACCAGUAGUGCUCAGUAUACCAAACACUCAUGCAAAGGACACACAGGGAUUUUGAAAAUGCUGCACAUUCUGUAACAAUCUACUCCCCACAGACAUUAUUGACACUCUUUUGUAUUGAAGGCCAAAGUUCCUAACUUCAGCCUAACUUCUGGUUCUGUGAAGAAGCGGGUUAUUGGACAUGUUUCCUGCUGCCUCAAGUGGAAGCCGAGACGUUCGAUACAUGCUAUCUGAGACCCUUGCAGGAGGGUGGCCCCAUUUUUAAAUGGGGACGUUUUCACCUUCUCAUUGGCUGAAGAAGAGUAAAUGGCAAAUUAGAUGUAAUCUAACAGUGUGACCUUAUUUACUGAAUUCACACCCUGUUUUAUGUUCUUCACUUUUACAAGAACAGAAAACAAACUUCUCUGCAUAGGAAUACUAUAUUUCAAAAUUUUGUAACUAAACCUUUGUCACAAUGCAGUCCAAAGAGUAAAACUGGGACAGGUAACUAAUUUAUAUUGAUCAAGCUAUAGGGAUUGUUGAAAUCUGCACAUUGUAUUGCUAUUUAAGAAACUAAAACUUCUCUUUUACUGCUUGUGAGUAAAAACAAAACAAAAAAAAUGCAGCAAAGCAAAAUCUUACAGCUAUGCAACUUUUUUUUUAAAUAGGAAAAAAGAAGAAUUACCAAUUUUAAGUGCUGCCAGUUAAGGUAAUUUGUUUAACGGGUAUUUUUUUAAAAAUGUUUCAGGUAAUUAUUUUAUUGUACUACUCUCAUCUCCAGGCUGCCUCCUGAGGUGGAAAUGAAUAACUACAAAUGUGGGCACAGCAAGAGUGUUUUUUUUUUUUUUUUUAAUAGGCAUGGGUGAGAUAACAUCAAGGUGGGAAUUGUGUUUAAUUUUUAAAACACGUAUGUGCAAGUUUUUCUUUGUUUCCUUGUUUGAAUGUUUUAUCUGAUGGCAGGAUUUGUAGUACUUUGCAUCUAAAUCAUUGGUCUCUUCAUGUGGAGGCUAGCAUUUGACAGUGUGGUUUUUCGUUCUUUUUUUAGAGGCACCUGCAUUUGUUUAAUUUAUUAUUAUUUUACUGUAUUAUAUUAGUAUAACCAGGGCUCCAUGAAACACCGGUUGUCUCUGGGGGGUACACCAAGUAAAACUGUGGUUAAGUAUUAGUUCCCAUAAGGUAUUACAGUUCAAAAAAAGAAAAAAAAAUAAGA